CAUCUGCUGUUUUCCUUCUCCCCGAUGCUCUGCCCCCCCGACCCUCUGCACCCGACGAGUCCCCCCAACUACCGCCACCCAUUUUCCGGCCGGAAAUCCGGCAAAGCUUGGGGAUUUCUCCCUAUUUUCUUAUCUUAGAACACCUGUUGAACCCAGAAAAUCCCAGAUCUGCGCACUGUUCACACACCGAGGGUCAACUAUUAACGGGGAUUUAAAGGUUUAGUUUGUGAUAUAAGAAUGAAUUUGGAGAUGUCCGGUUAUGUGGAGAUUGAUAGAAAUAGCACUGUGAUUAGGGAUAGUGCUAAAGAUGAUUUCACUGUGAAUUUGUGGUGGUAUGGUUAUUAAUUGUGGAAUAUUAUGAUUAGGUUUUGAUCGUUCUAUCACCGUAGCACUUGGGUUAGCCUUCUGUUCUGUGCGAGUGAGGUAAGUAAAUCAUGGUAAAGCCCUUCAAUUUUAAAGCAUGUUUUAAACUAUUUUUGAGAUGGUGGCAAGGUUUAAAUUGAUUUUAAAUUGAUUUUAUCAGCAUCUGAAUGUGAUUAAACUGAAAUGGAAAUUGUGAUCGUUUUUAUGAGAAUUUCAUUGUUUUCUGGAAUCGAGCAUGAUUGGAAUGAAAUUGUUUUCGUUGCAUUGAGUAGAGCAUGCCUUUUUGGAAAUUGACUGAACUAUUUUGAUGAACUGAGAGUUUUUUUGUAAAUUUUGAGUUUUCUGUUAAAUCCAUGCUCACAUGGAGAUUUUCCGGUUGUUUCUGAAAUUGGAGAUUGAUUGUCCUGAUGAUCUGAAAGUGAUUGGUGAAUUAUGUUUUUCUGUUAACUUCAGCCUGUUUUGUCUCCGAUAUGGUCAUGUUAUUCUGUUGCCCGCUAGUGGGAGUUAUAAAUGCUAGCACAUGUCGACAUGUUAUUGAUAGAAUCGGUUCGUUUCUGUUAUCCUGCUAGUGGGAUUAAACACUAGCAAUUUCUGUUGCCCGCCAGUGAAAGGUUUAUAACACUGGCCGUGAUCUAUAGAGGAGACGUCUAUUUUGUUCCCGUAUUGUAUUCGUUUUUCGUGAUUGCACAUUGUUGGCAUGCUAUAAGUUUAAUAAUGGGCACUCCAUAUUUUAUUUACUGAGUUUAUCUCAUAGUUUUCCUUGUCCACCAUUUCAGGAUGUGAAAUCAAGGACGGGGAAACCACGGGAAGUGACGAGUUAGAAAGCUAGCCAUUUCGAGAUUGAUAUAGAUUCUAGAAAUCAUGAUCUUGUAAGCUAGAGUGUACUUGGAGAUUUUAUGAUAUUAGAGUAAAUUUUAAAGAUUUGAUCUUCAGAUUUUGAUGGUAUCAGAUGUGAUAUGAUAAGUUCUGAGCCUUGUGCACUUGUGGGACCCGUCUCACGAGUGUACGGCGUCUGUUGCGCCUCGAAUUUGGGUUUUGGGGCGUGACACUUCCUAUAAUACCAUGCCUUCCUUGAUCCUUUUGUUAUUACACACAAUAUUGUUGUCAGAUAUUGAUCGUUUUGGUGAUGUACCGCCAAGGUUGACCAGCUGUAGCAUUGCUCUUCUUCUUCUUUUGCGCCUCGUUCCUGUCACCAGCAUCGGUGUUUCUGCUCUUGUUUCUUCUUGUAUCCUGGGGCUUUUGAUGGGGCUUUUAAAAGUUUUAAGCCCACACCUCUCCUGAUGGUUCGAUUCACUUUUUCCUUUGGCCGAAUGGGCCUUGUUUUUGCUAGCAAGUGGGCUUUUGGAUUGGGUUGUUUCUUAGACAACCCCUUCGUUUGAUGGUGGAAUUCUGCUGAAGCUAGUAUGGCUCCCAUUUGCACGCUCCUCUCUUUGUUUUCCUUGAAUAUGAUUAGACAGAACGUCAUCAUUUUCUUUGCAUUCCUCAAGAAAUGUCUUUGAGACAC